CACAACCGCUAUAAAUACUCAUCUCUCUCCUCUUUGUAUUCUUCACUCCAAAGCUGUGAAUUUAGCUCUGAUUCAUCGCCAUGUCUCUGCUUUCAGAUCUCUCCAACUUAGACCUCACAGAAACAACAGAGAAGAUCAUAGCCGAAUACAUUUGGAUCGGUGGAUCUGGGUUGGAUUUAAGAAGCAAAGCCAGAACUCUAAAUUCUCCAAUCACUGAUCCUGCUUUGUUACCAAAGUGGAAUUAUGAUGGGUCUAGCACUGGUCAAGCACCUGGGCAAGACAGUGAAGUGAUCUUAUAUCCUCAGGCUGUUUACAAAGAUCCAUUCAGGAGAGGCAAAAACAUUCUUGUUAUAUGUGAUGCUUAUACUCCAGCUGGGGAGCCAAUUCCCACGAACAAAAGAUAUGCUGCUGCCCAAAUCUUUUCCCAUCCUGAUGUUAUUGUUGAGGAACCCUGGUAUGGGAUAGAACAGGAAUACACUUUAUUGCAGAAAGAUGUAAAGUGGCCUGUUGGGUGGCCUGUUGGUGGCUACCCUGGACCUCAGGGACCAUACUACUGUGCUACGGGUGCUGACAAAGCCUUUGGCCGUGACAUUGUCGAUGCACACUACAAGGCAUGUUUGUAUGCUGGAAUCAACAUUAGUGGCGUUAAUGGAGAAGUUAUGCCAGGCCAGUGGGAAUUCCAAGUUGGUCCAUCCGUUGGCAUUGAUGCGGGUGAUCAAAUAUGGGCAGCUCGAUACAUUCUAGAGAGGAUCACUGAGAUUGCUGGAGUGGUUCUUUCUCUUGAUCCUAAACCUAUUCAGGGAGAUUGGAAUGGAGCUGGUGCACACACCAACUAUAGCACAAAAUCAAUGAGGAUUGAGGGAGGAAUUGAUGUAAUUAAGAAAGCUAUCGAGAAGCUCGGGUUGAGGCACAAAGAACACAUCGCUGCAUACGGAGAAGGCAAUGAGCGUCGUCUCACAGGAAAGCAUGAAACCGCCAGCAUCCACACCUUUUCAUGGGGUGUGGCGAACCGAGGGGCAUCGGUUAGGGUUGGUAGGGACACGGAGAAGGACGGGAAAGGGUACUUUGAGGAUAGGAGGCCGGCUUCUAAUAUGGAUCCUUAUGUGGUUACAUCCAUGAUUGCUGACACAACCAUCCUCUGGAAACCUUGAAUAGCAAGCAAUCGCGGUUUAGAAGUUGAAAUCUCGAAUUCGAUUUCGGUUUUAAAAGAAUUGUGAUAGUGUAAUGAAUCCUUGUCUAUUUGGUUUUCUAUUGUUUUUAAUGGUGGAUAGUAAGUACUUUGUGUUUAAGUCAUUUUGGUUUGUUUUCCAUAUGACUAAUAAUAUUAAUAAUUAGCCU